AACGCUCCGCCCCCUCACUCUGUCCCAGCGCCUCCUUAAUUGGACGCCAGUGACAUCAUCAAUCCUAUUUACCUUAUUAGGUCACGCAUGAAAUAGAUUGACAGGUGGCUCCUCCCCCCUCAUGCUUCCUCGCGCCGGUCGCCUGGAUAGGAGGGAGGCGGGAAAGAGACGGGGGCACAGUCUGCUGCUGGAGGAGCGAACCUGGCAACCAGGCGGACUGGCAAUCUGGCAAUGCGGAAAUAGACCUGGCACCCCGAGCCCGCACUGAGGAGGAGAGGCGUGACAGAGCGCGAGCAGAGAGGAGAGAGGAGGACACAGAUAACAAACACUUUACUUUCUACGCAGCUUUUUUUUUUUCAUUAAAGUGUUCAGGUGCUUAUUAGCACCAACUGCUGUUUUUUCUCCCUCAUGUUUUUCCUUUUAUUUGACAGACAAAAAGAAGAAUAAAAAGUGCGUGUUUUUGUCGUUUGGAUUCCGGACUUUUUUCUUGACUUUUUAUUUUUUAUUUUUGCAUCAAACAUGGAUGUGUUGGCGAAUUACAGUAUUUUCCAGGAACUUCAACUCGUCCACGACACUGGUUAUUUCUCCGCGAUGCCUUCCCUUGAGGAGAACUGGCAGCAGACGUGUCUCGAGUUGGAGAGGUACCUACAGACGGAGCCCAAACGACUCUCGGAGCUCUUUGACGAGGAGCUGGACUGCCUUCUGACGCCAGCGUUCAUGCAUGGCGGUGACAGCGACGAGGACCUGAUGGAUCCCCUCCUCCCCAGCCUCCCUGACCAGCCCAGCCCACCUCCGCUGCUGGUAACGCUCCCCAAGGUCCAGGCCAAACUCCUCCAAGUCUCCAGCCCCAGUAAGACGCACGCAGUAGUCGGGGUAGAGGCCGUCACCACCAAGGAGCAGGUUCUCAGCGGGGUCAGCGCCGUGCAGCUCAGUGCCGCCGUCACAUCCCUAACGCCGCCGUCGUCGCCGGAGCUCGGGCGCCACCUCAUCAAGCCCGCACAGACGCUCACGGCCAACGCUGAUGGAACGUUAACGCUCAAGCUGGUGGCCAAGAAGGUGGGAUUAGGAGCGGCUAAGUUGGUGGCGGCAGGGGCGCUGCCGUCCCCACCGAGCCACGGAGGAGCCCUCAGUGACAGCGAGCAGGGGGGGAGUCUGGGAGGAGAUGUACCCGAGAACAAGAAGAGAGUCCACCGGUGCCAGUUCAACGGCUGCAGGAAGGUUUACACCAAGAGCUCCCACCUGAAGGCACAUCAGAGGACUCACACAGGUGAGAAGCCCUAUAAGUGCUCAUGGGAGGGCUGCGAAUGGCGCUUUGCCCGGAGUGACGAGUUGACGCGACACUACCGCAAACACACCGGAGCUAAACCUUUUAAGUGCAACCACUGCGACAGGUGUUUCUCCCGGUCGGACCACCUGGCUCUGCACAUGAAACGGCACAUUUGAGAGCGAGAGGAGCAGGCGAGGGAGAGGAGGAGCAACGGAAGAAGAGGAGGAGCGAGAGAGGAACGUGCAGACUAGCAACCCACCACCCGCCCCGUUCGUCCUGUCCGACAACCGGAUGGAAACGAGGAGCAGCUAGAUUGUUGUUUUUCUUUAAAUCUUCACUUUCAAGUUUUUCGCCGUUCACACUUCACACAUGGAUUUCUGAUUGCAUCAUCCCGGUGAACCCCGGCCGCUUUCACGCCGCUCUGGGGGCUUGGACACUGCCAAACCCACACACACCCAACUCACACUCCGCCGCCUUAUUUCUUUAUCUUUACUCAUGGUGUUUACAGUCACUUUUUUAAGGAGGUAGUUCAGUGAAGAAAUUCUCAUAGCUGUUCGUGUUUUACCGACGAUAUUCAACUUUCUUUCAUGCUUUUUUGAACAUAAGAAACCACCAUCUGCCGCAGUCAGGUUCUGAAAUCAACGUGAAGAAAAACAACAAUGCCUAAUCUGUGGGAGAGGCUACUCUGACUGGCUAAUAGCAUGACUGACAAUCGGACCCAGGGCCCGGGAGUGAGGGGUGUUUUUCGGAGCGCCUUUGGGACCUCGGUCGGCAAAAGCUGCUGCAGCUCUCAGGCUCUCCUCCAGGGGGCGUUUGCAUCUCUCACCUUCACCGAGACGCCUGCCGCCUCCGCAGGCCAUCUGACAGAAAUGCGCAGCGACACUUUCUUCCCUUUUUUUAUCUACUUAGAGGAUAUUAAUUCUUCUUAAUGUUCUUAUUAAAAACAAUGACACUUUGCUCUUAUUUCUCUUGGAGAAAAUGUCUUAAAACUCACUAGGUUUGAGAGAAAAACAGAAAAAACUUAAAAAACCUACAAUGUUUUCAGCAGAAUGUGUGGGAAGAGAAGAACUCAAAUCCCAAGGGAACUGACUCUGCACCUGCAGCCCGCAACAAAUCAGCGGAUGGAGUUUUAUUUGAAAAAAAAGUGGAGAAGUCUUCAUUUCUGUGGUUCUGUUUGUGCUGCAGCUGAAAUCCUUGGAUGACCUUUUCCAGUUUAGCUUUCCACCAGUCAGGAAGAGGAUCCAGCUAAAACUGGCAGGUUGUUGUUUUUUUUUUGUUUUUUUAAAGUCCUUUUACUUUCAAAGAAUGUUCUGAAAGUCACUCCUGUGAGCUUUCAGACUCAUCUCCACGGCAACACUGCAGAGCAAGAACGAAGGAGGAAAAAAAAAAAAAAAAAGCUGCUUUUCGGUUCAUCACUUCGGACUCCAGACGCCAACCAACUUUUUCCUGUUGGUUCCGAACAAACCAGGUCGCAGAAGGCCUGUCGCAUUUGCCUGUUUCCUAUUCGUUGACUGCACUGACUUUUUUUUCCAAUGUUACCUGUGCUUUUUCAGUUUUAUUUCUUUGACAGCAACAAAAAAGGAAAAAAGGAACAUGAAAAAAAUCACAAAAGAUUUCUUAAAGUCAUACUAAAAAAAACUGUCUCACUUUAACACACACAAAGCACAUUUAUUCUGAUAACACAGAGACAACAUACAAUUUUAGAUCAUUAUUAAACCUGUGAACAGGGUUAAAAAAUACAAAACACUGCAUGACAGGCAAACACACACACACUCUCCAGCUCAUGAACGAACACUCCUGAAAUAAUACACUCUGCUCCUGAAUCUUUCUUCACAAUAGAUGUAGAAACUAUUGUUUAGUAGAAGAGAAGCUUUGCUCUUGGCUGAAGGUUGGAUGUGAGAAUGUUCUUCAACAAUCACUCACGCAGAACUUUACGCCUUAUUUAAAACACUUCAGAGUUCGUGACUAUGUUUUGUAACAUUUAAGAAAUCAGAAAUGUUAUUGCAAUCCACCACUGGUCAAUCAAAGUCUGCUAAAUAUUUGAAACAGACCUCUGUUGUCAUUAAAAUGCCUCCCCACACAUGCCAGCAUUUUGACUCUAACCGAUGCCGACUGGUGCGGUUGGGUGAAGCAGGAGAAUUCUAGAGCUGGUGGGGGUUCACACCAGACUCCUGCCAGUUGGCCUCGCCAAACGUGAUCAGGUGAAAUACAAAUGUUCACCUCUGUGGUGGGAGGGGGGUUCAAUCAAUACCAAAAACCUUCAGCCAUGAGCAGAGAGAGCCUCAUCUUCUGAUAAAGAAAAAAAAAAAAACGUUCUAUCUAGCGGCAGCUUUCUCUAUGAACUUUUAUCCAUCUGCUGGAUAUGAGAAAACAUCUCAUAUUUAUAUAGAAGCAAAUGUUGGUUUUCUGAACUUUUCCAGCUUUUAAUUUGUCAUUUUCAGUUGGAUGAUGGAGUCCCUCUAAAACAGUCGAGGCACUACUUUAUAUAACAAACAAUCAUAGGUGAAUGAUGAUCAUGAGCACUUUUUGCCAGUUUUGUUCAUUAAUAACGUGUUGGCCCUCAUAUUAAACAGAAUGUGAGGGCAGCAGCCGUCCAGACUUCAUUCCAAGCAGAUUCUGAGGGAGAAUUUUUUGUUUUAAUCAUGUUUUUUUACUUGUUCUAUUUAUUUAUUUAUUUACGAUCCCCCCUCACAGUGAACUCCAUUCAUUCAUUCAUUCGUGCAUAAAACCAAACUCCCUGAUCUCAGAGGCUCAGAAACAUUAAAACGAUUCUAACAGCUUUUCAUUUCACGGACUCCGGCUUCCUCUGAGUACAUGAAACUCUUAUCAGACAAAGUUCCUCUUCCUUUGAGCACCCAUCGAAGCUUUUUAUUUGUUUCUCUGAUAUCAAAAGAACCGUUAGUGGCGAUCAUGUUCAGUACAAAAAUAAUAAUUACCAGUUUUCAGAAUUAGUAAGGAAAUCAAAUGAUGGUGAAACUGAAAGGAGUCAAAAACUUCUUCUGACUUUUAAAAACAAUUUCAGAAUCGCUUACUAAAAGUGUUCAUUGAGGGGAAAAAUCUACAUAAAUAGUAAUUGGUUUAGAGGAAAAGUCGCGAUGUGCGAUCUUACUGAUCAAUAAUCCGAUGAUGAUUUGACAUGCGAUACGUGAACAAAUGACAAAACGUUGUUUCUAUUUCCCUGCAACAAUUUUAUUUCAAUAAAAGUCAAAAUAAUUCUAAAUUAAACUCCACCCUCGUGGACAUUGGAGGCGGAAAUCUAACAUAAAAGGACUCCAUUUGAUUGGUCAACGAUGUGAAGGGUCCAUCUGAUUGGUCAAAUGCAUAAAUCUGUGAAAUACUUCAAGCUGCCAUGAGAUUGUGAGUAAACAUUUAAGGGAACCAUCUAUCGCAGUUUACGCCAUCUUUUGCAAUACAAGUAUCUCAGUGAUGAUAAUUUUUUUUUGACCAGGUCUAGUUGAGGAAGUCAGAAGUACAAAACAAUCAAAUCUGAACUGAAAUCAAUCCUGACAGUCAUCAAAGUCCCUUCAGAUGCUAAUAAUUUCAGUUUUUGUCUUCUCAGUCUACUAAAGAAAGUUUUCUGCAGCUCUGGGUUCUUUAUUUUUCUCCCAGGUUCCUCCAGGCCAUGUAGCUGCAACCCUGCAGCUCCUAUCAGCACCGAUACCUUUGGGUAAUCCUUUAGCUCUGAGCUAACGAGAUCGCUCAAAGUCUCAAAAACACACCUUAAGCUCGACUGAUUCCACACAUAUGCAUUUAAUGUUUUGCAAGUAAGAUUAAUGAAAAAUCAUGAACUCACAUACAUAUUCAAUGUUUUUUGCUUUUUCACGAUUUAAAAUCCAAAUAAAUUACCAUUAAAGUGUACAGUCCCAACAGAGAUUUAAUCCCCACCCAUCCAUCAGGCGUCCCUCUUCUUUCCAUUUCCUCCAUGGUCAUCCUCAUCUGUGUCCACAGCAGUAAUCCCUGCUCUGAAUGCACACUUAACACAUUUUCCCAAAGAUUUGCAAGGUAACUGUUGUGAAUGUAGUAUACCCAUCAGAGAGGGAGCGCGCAGGCAAUGCAUGAUGGGUAGGAGGUGGAAAAAUAAGGGAUUAUUUCAAUCUUGAUUGCAGACGCGCUCUCCCUUCUUCACAGCAUUCUCACGCUGCUGUCCGCUGUCAACUGGAGCCGAACUAAUUGCUCCGUAAAUGUAAAAAAAUAUUGCGUUUUCAGUCUGAUGGGCCACCUAGAGUAGUGGCGCUAGCAGCUAAAGCAAGAGCGAGUAGCUUUAGUUUAAGUUAGCCUCUUAGCAUCAGGAAAGUCUCUUUUCAGAGUCAAAGGCGGACUGUAACUCUUUAAAAAAUCUGAAUCUGCUGUGGUACAGAAAUAUUGUCCCAACGUCAUUAGGGCUGUGUCGCAAUUCCCUCACUACUCUCUAACCCCUAAAACAGGGGUGUCAAACUUCCGGCCCGCGGGCCGCAUUCGGCCCACCAGACGGUUUAAUCUAGCCUAUUCAUCAAGAAAAAAAAAUAUGGAUGUUUGGGGGAAAAAAGCAAGUUUCAAGCCCAUUCCUGUGGUGAGUUAUGGUUAUUUAAAGGAAUGGCUGCAAUGUGCAAUUCCAACACAAUACAUCAAGAAAUACAUUUGCAAGACAGUUUGGUUCCCUACCAACCUCACUGCUGUUAAGUUGCUAUAAAAACACCAAAAUUACCAAAAUGCUGUUGCCAAAAAGAUAAUAAUAAUAGCUCUAAUAACAAUAAUCAUGAGUGUUGAAUGUGGCCCCUGAACCAAAAUGAGUUUGACACCCCUGCCCUAAAGAGUACCCUGAUUUUUAACGUAAUCCAGACACCAUACUUUUUUUUUUAAAAGCCAAAUAUGACAUUAACCAUUUGCCAAACUAAAAACAUAUUUUUUAUGAAUACUUUAUGAAAUCCACUGGGCUCUAAUAAUUAAAACUUUGAUCAAUUUUGGGAAAUACAAAUUUACUCACCUAUUUUCAAAUGAUAAAUUAUUCAAACUCAAUGCAUUGUGGUAUAUUUUUGCCAAUCUUUCAGACUUUUGGGAACUUUCCAGGUCACUGUAUUUUGAAAUAGUUAAUUCGAACAGCCCUAAAAAAUGGCAGUCGCCCUCUAUAGUGCAUGAAGUAGUGAGUAGUGAAGGAAUUUUGACACAACCUUGGAGUUUUAUCCAUUCGACUACAGUUGUUUUCAGUCAGUCGGACGCCAAAAUGUGCUAAUAAUUGCAUCUUCUCAUCUUAAGUGUAGAAGAAAAACCUACUAAAAGAUCCUUUAAAUAUUCCGUUUUAAAUUAAUCUAACCUAAACAACUUUUACAUCCAGACCCUUUUUUUUUUCUUUAUGAAAAUGUGGAAUCGCUUUAACGGAUCUAUGAAUGUAACGCGUCUCUAACCAAGAGCAAAAUUUCGUUUGCCAGAUUUAUGAACUUGCAGAAACACUUUUCUGAAGCAGGCUCCAGAAUCAGAGGACAAAAGUGAGGAGAGGUCAUUAUGUUCCGAUUGCAGAAACUCCGGUUGAAAACUUCUUCCGUUGCCACAUGAAGAUGUUUCCCGAAGGCCCAGGCUUCAGAUGUCCCACCGUAUCGGUCUGAAGCGACGACUAGCGCCCCUCCUGGCAGCUUUUGUAAAUAGCGUGAGAUCUUACAUGCAGACCUCUCUGUUUGAAACUUACCAUGUGUGGCAACAGCACAUUUCUGUAGAUCUGCUUUAGUUCUUGCAGCCAUUGCACUUAACGUGAUUAUAUUUAGCUAUCGCACUCUUCACACUGCUAGCAUAGUCUGUUUAAGCACUCUGUCGAAUAUCCACUUAACAUUUUUAUUUUUUACAUGACUAGGAUGUACUUUGCCACCAAGAACCAUAGUCUACUAAUCCAGUUGGGGAGUCAGACCAGCCUGCCCCACCCUCCAGUGAAAUGCCUUUUUCAAUCACUGUUCCUCUGGGGGCGUGUCCUUCGCUAACACUUAGCCAGACUUGGUUAAACUUCCGUGGCAUCAGUGGCAUCCCAGAAUGACUGUCGGUAACUACUGUGUUUGUUCAUGCUUGAUGUGUAGGUAUAUAACAAAUCCAAACAUCUAAGCUCCACGUAUCUGUAACGCUUCACUCCACACUCUGCACUAAACCCUCUUCACCCAAAAACCCACAAAGUCCUUCUGGAGCCCAGCAUGCUCCGACAUCCAACCGUUUUUGAGAAUUUCUUUCUUGAGCUCUGUGGCGUGGGCGCUCCGACAGCUUCUUUGUUGAGAUUUAAGUAUCUUUAUGAAAGCACCAGCUAAAUAUUAUCUUAAACUACUUUGUUUUUUUUUUUAUUUUCCAUUAAACUCUGUCUUAAUGAAUUUAGUUCCAACUCUGGAAAGCCUCUCAGUAUGUGGAGAAAGGAUUGGUCUAAAACAGGAUUGUGUUUGGGUUACUGUCAUUUCCUAAAAAUCAAGAAAGUCUUUAAAUAAUGUGCAGCUGCAAAUAUCCGUCACUGAAAAUUUACAUGGAUUCCAAAACACCAGAACCACACAACCAUAAAGUGUUUUGGUAAGAUAAUAUUGUGUACAGUGAGAGGAAUAUUCCAAAAACUAAAACUCCAAAAAUUAGUCAUCUGAAAUUUGUUCCCAGUCGAUUUGACAUCACUUGUUAGCUAGUUAAGCUAACGUAGCGAAAUGCUAACAAUGUUUUCCACGUGUACGGCUAAGUGGAAAUAGGAUUUUUUUAAUUUGAUACAAGUCAAUUAAGCUAAAACUAAGCAAGAUAGUUAGUAACAUGUACUAAUAUUGCUUAUAUACAGUCAUUUUAGUGCUAUGAAUUGAAGGAAAAUGUGUGUUUUGUUGUGAUCAAUUCCUCUUUAAGCCAAAAUACUAAAACAUUUUUUUCAUACACAUUAAUAAAUUCAGAUACUUCAAUUAAAUUUUGUGAUAAAUAAAAAAACUAAAGUUUUUAAUCUAAACUAAAAUCUUAAAUCUUUAAUCUUAAGCUAAAGUUUCUAUCAUUUAGUUACGGACCUGAUUAAAAGAAAUUUACCAGCUUUUUCUAAACUGCUUGUAUAUUAAAAUUGUUGAUAUUCUACUUUAAAACCUACAGCUUUAAAUAAAAAAAACAACAAAUAAAAUCCAACCCAAGAGUCUAAUCCGCCACACUCUUUUUUAAUUGCCAAUAUAAACAGUUUUUUUGAAUAUAUAUAGUAAGAAAAUGUUCAUGUGAAUAGUUUUACAGGAUACUUUUGGUCUUAUAGAAUAACUCACUUCAUCCUUCAUGUAAUGUAACAAUCUAAAUCUGCAUAAGUGGGAUUUUCUGCAUACAUUUAAUACAUAAAAACAGGCUGUAGAUCCAAAACAAGACAGCUACGUUUACAAAAUCAGAUUAAGAUUUUCAGAAGAUUAGAAAUUCAAAAAAGUUGAACUCAUAAGUGCACUCGUUUUGGCCAAUUCUUUUUCCUGCAUACUGAUUGGCAAAUCCAGCAUAUAUUACUUCAUGGAAAUGGUAUUCUCCCAUCUUGUCAUAAUCCAGGAAAUAUUCACAGACAGACCACCUCUGUCGAGCAAUCCCAGCUCCGUAUCUUCUGGGAUGACGAGAGUAGAAGUGGAAACUAUGACAAGCUUCUGUGUGUUUGAUCACCUCACCACUGCGCUUCUCAUCCGUCCUGGCAGAGCUCCGUAUCUGAUACUUCAUAUCACCGUUGGAUCUGGAAGCUUUUAUUCCACUCUGCGUUCCUUUCUUCUGCCAACUCCAUUCGGUUGGAUUUAAGUUCUCUUGUUUCACUUACGAUUUUUGCUGUACAAAGUGUUUAAAAUAUUAUUUGUAUUAUAUGAUGUUAGUACGGUAAUGUUCUUUAUUAAGGAAGAAGAAAAUUUAUUUUUGUUACUGGUCUGUUUCAUAAUUCUUUUCUAAAUUGGUAUUGUAAGAUAUCUAUGCAAGAACUGUUAAGUGGAGCAUUUUUAUUUAAGAAUGUAAUAUGUGUAAUAAAUAGUAGAAUCUGGUUACAGCCCAA